UGCAGAGCCACAGGAUGUGAUAAGCCAGGGCUGCACUCACACUUUGAAAAUGUCCGUAACGCUUCAUACCGACGUGGGUGACCUCAAAAUAGAGCUGUUCUGCGAUGCCUGCCCAAAAGCCUGCGAGAAUUUCCUGGCCUUGUGCGCCAGCGAUUAUUACAGUGGCUGCGUCUUCAUCCGGAACAUAAAAGGGUUUAUUGUCCAAACUGGGGAUCCUACCAACACAGGAAAGAAUGGACAGUCCAUUUGGGGACAGAAAUUUGACGAUGAGUUCAAGGAAACCAUUAAGCAUACGGAUCGUGGAAUGGUCUCGAUGGCAAAUAAUGGUCCCAAUGCCAAUGCCAGCCAGUUCUUCAUCACAUACGCCGCCCAACCAAAUUUGGACUUAAAGUACACGCUCUUUGGACGUGUCAUUGAUGGCUUUGAUGCCCUAGAUGAGCUGGAAAAACUGCCCGUCAACCCCAAGAACUACCGUCCCCAUGUGGACAAGAAGAUCAACGGCGUGACCAUACAUGCCAAUCCCUUGGCGACGUGAUAGAGUACACAAACUUCCAAUCAUAUGCUUAAACUGAAAUAUAUUUAUAGCACUUAAGCUUA